AAUUGGAUGAUUAAAAAAAAUUUCUUUUUAAUUCAGAAAGAACUUGUGCAUAAUCUCUGCCUGAUGUCAAUUUUUUUUCAGGUGACUUUUCAGAUUACCCCUCCGUGUGCCAGCGAGAGGCACUAUGAGCGCUUUGGACGGUGCUGUAACAAGUGUAAACCAGGAACGUAUAUGUCUUCCAAAUGCACUACUACCUCGGAAAGUGUCUGUGUGCCCUGCGGCCAGGAUGAAUACCUGGACACCUGGAAUGAAGAAGAUAAAUGCCUGCUGCAUAAAGUCUGCGAUACAGGCAAGGCCCUGGUGGCUUUGGAGCCCGGCAACCGGACGGCCCCGCGGCGCUGCGCCUGCACCACCGGCUACCACUGGAGCGAGGACUGUGACUGCUGCCGCCGCAACACCGAGUGCGCGCCCGGCCUGGGUGCCCAACGCCCGGUGCAGCUCAACAAAGACACGGUGUGCGAGCCCUGCCUUGUCGGCUAUUUCUCCGACGCCUUUUCUUCUACAGAAAGAUGCAAACCCUGGACCAACUGUACCAGUCUUGGACAGACAGAAGCACUUCCUGGGACCAAUAAAUCAGACGUGGUCUGUAGUUCUUCUCUGCCAUCUACAAAACUACCAAAUGAGCCCCAGACUUUCUUGCCCAGUUUGGUCAUCCUGCUUCUCUUCAUAUCUGUGGCCUUAGUCGUGGCUGUCGUCUCUGGUGUUUACUACAGGAAAAAAGGGAAAGCACUGACAGCUAAUUUGCGGCACUGGGUCAACGAGACAUGCAGCCGCCUAAGUGGAAAUAAGGAGCCCGCAGAGGACCCCUUGGGCCGCAGCCCGGCGGGAGCCCCGAGGCCGCGCGGACCCUGCGACGGCGCCUGGCUGCUGACCCUGGAGGAGAGGACGCUGCCCGAGGACACGUCCUGCGCGCCCUGCGCCCCCGAGGGACACGCGGGACGCGCGGGGACGCUCGCCUUGGUCAGCGAGGCGGAGGGGGACCCCUUCCAGCAGGUUCCCACGGAAGACGAGUACGUGGACAGGCCGCCCCAGGGCGCAGGCGCCCUCCCGGGCCUCGCGGGGCCUGGGAGCCGGUGCGCGCCCCCCUUCCCCGAGCCCCUGGAGGUGGGGGAGGACGACAGCCUGAGCCAGGGCUUCACCGGGACCGAGAGCCUGGCGGACUGCGAGAGCUGCCCCCUGGCCGAGCCCCCGCGCAGGACCGACUGGAUCCCCGUGUCCUCCGAAAAGUACUUGCAGAAGGAGGCGGGGGGCGGGAGCCCGGGCAGCGAGCAGCCGCCCGCGUCGGGGAAUGUGACUGGAAACAGUAACUCCACGUUUAUUUCCAGCGGGCAGGUGAUGAAUUUCAAGGGCGACAUCAUCGUGGUCUACGUCAGUCAGAACUCCCAGGAGGGCCCAGCGGGGCCCGGCGGUGGCGCUGCGGAGCCGGUGGGCCACCCGGUGCAGGAGGAGAGCCCGCCCUGCUGCGACUCCUUCGCGGGCCUGGGGUGCAUUGCUCAGAGUAAAACGGUGCAGGGCAGAGCUGUGCACCUAGGAGCAGGAGCGGAGCCUCCAGUAAGUGGUCCCUCCCGUGGCAGUGCAGAGUGUGGUGCACCCCUGCAACCUCGAGGCACAUUCAUGUUAAGUACUGAAAUUCCUUCCAAAGCCAAGUGUUCGUGGUUGGGGAACUGGGUCUACGGUCCAGGUGCAUUCUACUGGCAGUCGUUGAAAAGUGCCCGUAUUUGCAAAAUCGAGGAUGCUGAUGAGAUACUUUUGGUAGGAAACCUGUUACAUAAAUGA